UCCGUCCUACACUCUGACAAACUCUCUCUGACCUUGCUUCCAUCGCAACUAAAAAGCGGAGAGCUUUCUUCUUCGGAACGCCUUUCCUCUUCCUCCUCCUCCUCUGCUUCUUCUUGUUCUUCUUCUUCUUCGUUACGCCACUGAGGAGGAAAAGACGGGGGGAAAACAGAGGAGGAAGACCAGAACAGAGGUUCAAGAGGAGGGAGGCAAGAAAAGAAAACAUUGUUCGAGCAAAGAGGUACUGAUUUGCUCUCUCCGGACAGGCCCGUCCUCUUGACUUUUGUGUCCCUCCCUUGACUUUUGUGUACCCCCUUGAGUAAUGUUAUGGAUUUCUUGGUGGGGAGUGGUUAUCACUGAGAUCUGGAUCAGAGCCGUCGGUGGUUCUUUUCGAGCUCAGACAUCGGUCGAAAGGAGUUGCUUUGCUUCUUCAGGUGGGAGGCUAUCGAAGUUAGCAUACUGGUUCGGGUUCCUAUUGAGCGUCUGUGUCCAGUAACGGAGCAAUCCUUAGCUCCUACAUGAGUCCAUUGUCAGAGACUUCAAUGACAGAUGGUUACAGCAAGCCGCUAGGAAUUCGGUUCGUCGAGUACAUAAAGAGAAGCCCUGUUUCCUUCAGAGCGCACCAAAGUAUUGUCUUGAUAGUCACAUUCCUUGCGUACACAUGCUAUCAUGCUAAUCGGAAAACCACGAGCGUCGUUAAGAGCACUCUCGAUCCCGCGUCAUCUGAAGUAGGCUUGAAGUUUCAUCCGUGGAGGACGGGCUAUUUCCUUAGUCCACAUGAAGGCAGAAAUUAUUCCGGACUACUGGGUAGUGAUAGUGGUUGGGCCCCGUUCAAUGGAUCAGACGGAUCGGAAUUGCUCGCUGACCUCGAUGUGGCUUUCCUGUCCAUGUAUGCUGCGGGAAUGUACUGCUCUGGCCAGUUGGGUGAUAGAACGAAUUUGAGGAUUUUCCUAACGGUGGGGAUGAUUGGAACUGGUCUGUUUACUUCACUCUUUGGUGUUGGUUAUUGGGCAAACAUACAUAAUUUCUACUACUUUCUCGUUAUGCAAAUGGUUGCUGGUUUGUUCCAAUCAACCGGGUGGCCUUCAGUUGUGGCCGUAGUCGGUAACUGGUUUGGCAAGAGUAAGAGAGGGCUUAUCAUGGGUAUAUGGAAUGCUCACACUUCUGUUGGCAAUAUUGUGGGUUCUUUGAUUGCUUCUGCUAUGUUGAGCUAUGGAUGGGGUUGGUCCUUUGUUGUUCCCGGUCUCAUAAUUGCAUUUAUGGGUUUAGUGGUCUUCUUAUUUCUACCCGUCAGUCCUGAAUCUGUUGGAGCUGAUAAGGACGAUAACCUGAACUCACCCAAGAAAAAUGGAGAGGAAGUGAGAGAACCUUUGUUAAGCUCAGAUUCGGAGAACAAGGAGCAAGCAGUGGGGUUCAUUGAAGCGUGGAAGAUUCCGGGGGUGGCGCCUUUUGCUUUUUGCCUCUUCUUUGUCAAAUUGGUUGCGUACACAUUCCUAUAUUGGCUGCCUUACUACAUAAGCCACACAGCUAUAGAUGGAAAGUACUUGUCCAGCGAAGCAGCAGGAGACUUGUCUACACUGUUUGAUGUUGGAGGAGUUGUUGGGGGGAUCCUGGCGGGUCACAUAUCCGAUCGCCUAGACGCUAGGGCCAUAACAGCAGCGAGCUUCACGUACUGCGCUAUUCCGGCACUUUAUCUUUACAGAAGCUAUGGAUCCGUUUCCUUGUCUGUAAACAUCGCACUCAUGUUCAUCACCGGCAUUUUUGUUAAUGGGCCUUAUGCUCUAAUAACGACGGCCGUCUCCGCGGACUUGGGGACACACAGUUCACUGAAAGGGAAUUCGCGAGCACUUGCCACAGUGACGGCAAUCAUAGAUGGAACGGGCUCCAUCGGGGCUGCCAUCGGGCCGUUGUUAACGGGUUACAUCUCUACAGUGAGCUGGGGCGCAGUUUUCAUUAUGCUCAUGGUGGCUGCAUUAAUUGCAGGGCUGCUUCUCACCAGGCUCAUUGUUGCUGAGGUGGCUGAAAAGAUUGAGGAGUCGAGGGCGCGAAGGGGUUCCGCAUCAAGGUCUCCCGCGGUCGAAGUGUAAUUGCAAAAGGAGUUCAAUAUGUGCAUCGUUACUUACAAUUCUUGGGGUUCGAUUGUUCAGGCGCAUUGCAAGCAGUUAUCGAUACCUCUGUUUAUGAAGUGAUUUGAGGGGAGGGCAUCCGUGGUUUUCGCGAGCGGGAAAAGGAAGGAGUAUGAACGUGGAAAGACAGGAACUUUGAAAAGAACGGACUCGCGGGGGGGCUGGCGGUUGUUCUGGUUAUUUGUAUGUUCUUUUUCUUGUACAUUUCUGGUGGAUCAUGUUCCCUGUGGGCUGUGAUUGUGCCCAUUUGGGAGGUGGAUUACUUGAAAGGAAAGAUCAUUGCUGAUUUUCUUCGUAAAGAGUUUGUAAAGCCGACAUGGAAAACAGAGUCCCGCCUAUUAAGGAAACGAUUUGGUUUAAAUAGUAUAAAUGUUGUCGGACUCUCAAUUGGACAUUGCGCAUUAUAUAGACAUGAUUUUAUUAAA